GUCAACUGCUGUCCCAACCGAAAGUAGUAAGCCUAAGAGGAGGAAUGCUCGUGGGAAUCGGACUGACCCUGGCUGGGAACAUGGAGAAGAAGUUGAUGCUGAGAAGAGGACAACAAGAUGCAAAUAUUGCCUUCUAGUUAAAGGUGGAGGUGUCUACAGAUUGAAGCAUCACUUGGCUGGGACAAGGUUUAAUGUCGAGAAUUGAGAAAAAGUUCCCGAUGAUGUUCGAAAAAAGUUUCUCAAACUUUUGGGGGUCCAAGCAGAGAAGAAUGAUGCAAAGAAGAGGAAGUUUAACACAGAAAUGGAGGAGACGGGUGCAUGUUCAAAGGAGAAUACUCCUGCUGAUAACAAUGAAGAUGAGGCUGAGACAAAUCGUUUCGCUAACAAGCGCAGAGCCCAAACAACAGUGAAUCAGUUUUACAAGAAAGAAGAGAGAGAAGAGGUUUGUGCUCAAAUUUGUCGGGUCUUCUAUACCAAUUCUAUCUCAUUUAAUGUUGUCAAGGACCCAGAAUUUAUAAAGAUGAUUGAAAUGAUUGGAAACUUUGGUAAAGGUUUUAAACCUCCAUCAUAUCAUGAAGUGAGGGUAAAAUUUCUCAAGCUGGAAGUUAAGAGAACAAUGAAUUUUCUCUCUGAAUACAAAGAAGAGUGGAAAAAGACAGGAUGUACAAUUAUGUCUGAUGGAUGGACACAUAAAAAGAAAAGGUCCAUCUACAACUUUUUAGUGAAUAGCCCCAAAGGUACUGUCUUUCUCACCUCAAUCGAUACUUCUGACAUUUCCAAGACAACGGACAAAGUGUUUGAAAUGUUAGAUGAUAUUGUUGAGCAAGUAGGAGAAGAUAAUGUUGUUCAAAUUGUAACGGACAAUGCCGCUAACUAUAAAGCAGCUGGUGAGCUAUUGAUGGAAAAGAGGAAAAAAUUAUUUUGGACUCCAUGUGCAGCUCAUUGUAUUGAUUUAAUUCUUGAGGAUUUUGAAAAGAAAAUUAAGAUGCAUCAGACAACCAUUACAAAGGGCAGAAAAAUCACCACGUAUAUUUAUUCUAGAACAAUGGUUCUUUCUUGGUUGAGAGAGUUCACUAGAGGGAAGGAUUUAGUUAGGUCAGCAGUGACAAGAUUUGCUACUGCCUAUUUGACUUUGGGUUGUCUGCAUGAGCACAAGGGCGCAUUAAUCAAUAUGUUCACUUGAACAAAGUGGAGGGGUAGUAGAUUUAAUUCUGCAGAAGGGAAGGUCGUUCAAGGAACUGUUUUGGAUAGCCGUGGGUUCUGGCCUAAUGUUGCCACAUGUCUGAAGGCUGCACUCCCAAUUAUAAAAGUUCUUUGAUUGGUGGAUUCAGAUGAGAAGCCAGCAAUGCCGUUCAUCUAUGAUGAGAUGGAUCGUGCAAAAGAUAAAAUAAAGCAAAAUUUUAACAAUGUGAAGAAAAGCUACACUCCAAUAUUUAAUAUAAUUGAUGAGAGAUGGCGUACACAACUUCAUAGGCCUUUGCAUGCUGCUGCAUAUUAUUUGAAUCCACAAUGCCACUAUAGUGAUAAUUUCAAGCCGGCUGAAGUAAAACGUGGCCUGUACACUUGUCUUGAAAAGAUGGUUCCAGAUUUAGAUGAAAGAGUCAAGAUAGAUCUGCAGAUUGAUUCAUUUAGGAGUGCCGAGGGCCUAUUUGGAAUGCAAUCGGCUAUUAUGACAAGAACAAAAAAAAGCCAGCUGAUUGGUGGGAUUCGUAUGGAGAUGAUUGCCUUGAGUUGCAGAGGUUUGCAAUUAGAUUACUGAGCUUAACUUGUAGUUCGUCAGGUUGUGAGCGGAACUGGAGUACA